CAUCGACUUAUCAAGUAACUCCAUUGCACAUUCUCAAUCUCUUCAAACCCACCAAACUUGCCGAACGUAUCCGGCGCAUCCCAUCUCUUUCAACUCUGCUGUUUUAGCAAUCACACCAACAUCAUGGGCAACUCCUCAACUUCCGUCUCUCCUCUCACACCCAGCGAGUCAUCAUCCAAACGGGUCACCGGCUCCAACUGGGGCGACCUCCAUCCCAUCGGCAAUCCCGCCACAGCGGCCUGGACACUCUGCAUCUCGAGCACAGACACCGCCAAGCUCCUGUUCGGCUACCAGCCGACGUCGAUGGAAGAUCAUUGGAUGUGUCGUUCGGACGGACCAGAUGCGCAGGGCGCUAUGGUGGUCCAUGUGUACCGGAGUUGGACCGGCCACGAGCAGUUUCAAAUCAGGGCAUCGACCCGAGCAGUUUCGGAUGGGCCCGGGCCCGUGGCGGAGGGGGCUGACUACGGGGCGGACAUUACGGAGAUUAUGUGGGAUCAGGGUAGCGGUCCCGUACAGGUUGGAGAGGAGGAGGCCAAGGACUUGGUGAUGAUGGUUUUUAGAAGGGUCAUGGGGUGCAAACUUGAGCAGGCGCCUUAGAUGGACAAAAGACUAUUGGGAUUUGGCAUGCAUCUGCUCUCGCAAAUAAGAUAUGAAUCAGGGGCCCUCUUUCACAUAGACCUCUUCUAAUCACUUUUCGCCC